GGCGUUACUAAGCAACGGGACGCCGGGCAGGACUGGACCAACUGAUCUAGGAACUAAACUUUAAAAGUCGAUUACCAAACAUUGCUAAUAUUUCUAUAAUGAAUAAUUUUGGUAACUUUAAUGGGUUUCUACUUUACAACGUGGUUUAUUUAGUUUUUUUUUUUUAGUUUUGUGAGCGGGCCUAACUUGGCAUAAUCUGGAAGACAAGUUGUUUGAGCGUCAUGUCUGCAAAGGAAACAAAGAAUGCGAAUCCAUCGACGAACAACGAAGCUGAAAAGCAGCCAAAACAAGAAAAUCAAGCAUCUGAGGAUGAAGAGAAGCAGAGGACGAUAAGAAAGACUGGUCAGUCUCGAGUCUCCACUGCAACCCAAGAGACACUUUUCCCAAAACARAGAACUCAUCCUAAAACCCAGGCAUUAUCACCAGACUGGGUCUUUGGAAUGAAUCCAGCUGUUCCUGUCUUCAGCCUGCAGGACCACAAUCAGAUGGUUGUCCUUUAUGCUGCAACUAAUGUUGGAAUUAUUUAUAAUCACACAUCAAACUCCCAGCAUAUUUUGCAGGGUCACUCCCAGCUUAUCUCAUGUAUGUGUGCCAGUGAAGACAGACGCUGGGUCGCGACAGGAGAAAAAGGAYCAUCGAGCAUGGUCAUAAUAUGGGACUCCUACUCUGGUAUUCCUGUGUGCACGUUGUUUGAUUGCCACCCUGCUGGAGGAGUUGUUGCCGUGGCUUUCUCGAGUGACGCAAAGCUUUUGGCGACCAUCGGGGGUGAAGUUGUUCAACGUGUUUGCAUUUGGGACUGGACCAGUGAAACCCAAAAGCCUCUCUGCUGCACUGAACUCAAUCCAAAACACAAUUUUCAAGCUUACAUCACUUUUAAACCCAAUGACAGUAGUCAGCUUCUCAGUAGCAGUGAGACUCACAUAUUGUUCUACAAAAGAAGCAAGGGAAGUCUGCAGUACUUUGAAAUGAACUUCAAGAAGUUCAGCCACGCAGCAGAUGCUGCUGUAUCUACUCAGCCUCCUCCACGCCCCCUGAAAAGUGUAAAGGUUGCUGACGUGUCUUUGAGCCCCUCUGGGUUUCACUGCACAAAACCUCAGGUCAUCACAGCCUCACGAGGCAGCCUUGUAGUGUGGGACGUCAGCGAAGUGGAAAAACGCAGUCUGCUCCAUCACCAAAUCACAAAACUGAAGCUCCAGCGAGACCCAAUCACUGCCCUCACCGUGACCGAAAGCUUUAUUGUAACUGGUGAUGCAAAAGGAGAAAUUGUUUUUUAUGAUGAAGACUUCUUACUCCUCAAGUGGUUCAGYUGCUUCACGCAGGGAGCCAUUGUUUCCAUUUCCUUUUCCAAGGAGUGUACAGAGGGCUAUCUGAAGGACUGCGAUGUGCAAAACAAACCAGUAAUUAUCAGGAACUUUAUAGUGUCCACCGUCAGUUCCAAAAUCAUACAUGUGAACGCACAGAGUGCCAUCUUUCAAACCCUCCUGCAUGACAACCACGAGCCUCUCCACGCAGUGGCRUGUCAUCCCAGUCAGCCAGUAGUGGCCUUGGGCAACCAACGAGGCWUUUUAAAAAUGUGGAACUAUAACAAAAAAGAGGCCACUGGCAGCAAAGUCUUYAUGAUGGAAAAGCAGAUCCAGUGCGUUACUUUUGACCCUGAAGGCUUCUACCUGGCAGUGGGCUUUAGAAGUGGAGCUGUUCACAUACUGAAUUACCCCACUUUGCAAAGUGAGCCAGAGGAAUGUUUCCACUGCACUACUGACAGCAUCCAUCUCAUCACCUUCUCUUCGGACUCACAGUACCUUGCCACUGCGGACGCUGGUAUGGCAGUGUCAGUGUACCACUUGAUGAGAAAAAAUGGAUCACCUCAGUGGACGUAUUUGGGCAGACAUGGUUCUCACUACAAACCCAUCAACGACCUUCUKUUUGGAGUUCAUCUGGACAGCACCCAACCCAGAUUGCUCUCUCUGGGACUGGACCGCAGACUGGUGGAAUAUGAUCUAGAAAACAGCAGGGUGAACAAGCUUCUCAUCCUGAGCUCUGAGYGUGUCGAGCAGAGUGCUCUGCCUCUGUGCAUGGCGUGGUAUCCUCCUCUCAGCACAGAGCAGUUUCUCCUCAUUGGCUCGGACCAAUACCAUCUAAAGCUUUUCGACAGCACAACUAAAAUGUGCAGGAAGACUCUYCUUGGCCCGACAUAUGGUUCUCCCAUUAAGCAAAUAGUUGUUCUACCCAAGUCUAGAGACCCUGAAAUAAACUCAUUYAACCUGGCAUACAUCACAGAGGAUAAGAUUGGUCUCCAGAUUUUACCUCUGGAUGGGAACCCCCACAAGUCCAACGCUUUGAUCUGCCACCCAACAGGGGUGUCCACCCUCGCCUGCUCCUACGAUGGGCAGUUUGUUUUCACUGCAGGGACGUCUGAUUGCAGCGUCCUGUCGUGGGAAAUUAACUUGGAUGUGUUGGAAGCAGCAGCUGCAUUGGGUGAAAAGGACAUGGCACCGUUUUAUUCUCUGUUAGACGGAGGAAGACAUGGCAGGUUUUACAAGGAGCUGGAAGACUAUUUCUACUACUGCCAAAUUCGUCAUCAAGGCAUUAACACGAUGAAGAAACGACAAGUAUCUACUACAAUUCCCCUGUCUCAGAUUCCCUUUCUAAUGAGAGCUGUGGGCCACUUCCCGACAGAGCAAGAGAUAGACAACAUGCUAAAUGAAGUCAAGUUCAGCAAAUAUGCUGAAACAGAAAAAUACGUGACUGAAAUCGAUCUGGAGGAGUUUAUCAAGCUGUAUAUUAACCAUCGUCCAGCUUUUGGCAUCUCCAGAAAUGAGAUCAUCCAAGCUUUUCAGGUCCUUGGUAAAAGUGAUGGCACAGGACAGCCGGUCCUCCUGACACAGGACCUGAUAGAACUUCUACAGGUCCGAGGAGAGCACAUGACAGAGGAGGAGGUGGCAGAGAGUUUUGCAAAACUUUUAGACCUUGGUGAAGAGGAGAAGGAAGAAGAGGCACUUUGUGAAGAAUCAAAAUAUUCACUGGAGAGGGCAAUCCCAGAAGAGAUGUCAGUGGAGACAUUUACAGAUCACAUCCUGGGCUUGCCAUUCUCUGUGGAGCAGAGUCCCUCGUCCUCUCCUCCAGAGUAAUAAAACCUGUGAGCUCAUCUGAAGAACAUGUGUUGUUGAGGAGCCACAUUAGCCCUUCCAGAGCUACUGCAGCUUGUGUUUUAGGUUAAAAUGUGAAUUUUUUUUUAAGAAAAGCAUUUUCAGAUAAACAUGGCCUGGUCAGAUAACUUUUAAAUGUUGUAAUAUUUUUAAUUCAAAUGUUAUCCACCUUCAGUACUUUUGGAGUAACUUAUCAAUAAAUAUUAAAAAUAUUCUACCAAAAAAGUCAACUUAUACUAUAUGUUUUAAAUGCAAAUAAUAUACAUUUUUGUAUACAUGAUAUUAGCUACAGCUCAAAUAAAAUUGCCUGUACACUUCA